AUGGAUAACCUCCGGAAGGCAGGUUGCCACCACUUCUACCGGGAAGGGUGCGUCGGCCCGGGCGAGGUCCCUGAGCUCAUCGUCGAAGCCGAUGACGACAUCUGCUUCUGCGGCACUAACCUGUGCAAUGCGGCUGCAGGUUGCGGCACUGCGAUCGUCCUCUUUUUCCUCUCGGCCGUUUCGUCUCUUCUGAGCCCUCAAUAA